AUGUAUAGAGACGGAGUGCUGCACAAGAAGAACAGAAAAUACUUUAUACCUUAUUUUCUAGGACUAGUUUCAGUUUUCUAUUGCACGGUUCAUCUUGUGUCUUUCACUGCAGCAGCAGCUCAGGAGGACUCCCGUUCCAACAGAGUGCGCCGGGCACUAGAGAAUGAGACAGAGUGUAUUACAACGCAGUCGUCUGAGUUUCCAGAGGGGUUCUUCACACUACAGGAGAGGAAGGAUGGAGGACUCCUCAUACACUUUAUGAUCAUAUUUUACAUGCUGCUGGCAGUUGCAUUAGUCUGUGACGACUACUUCCUACCUUCUCUAGAACUUAUCAGUGACCGUCUGGGUCUAUCUCAGGACGUAGCAGGAGCCACCUUUAUGGCAGCAGGCAGCUCUGCUCCUGAAAUGGUCACUGCCUUUCUGGGUGUGUUUGUGACAAAGGGAGACAUCGGUGUGAGCACCAUCGUAGGAUCAGCUGUCUACAACCUCCUGGGGAUCUGUGCUGCUUGUGGACUCCUGACCAAAGUGGUGGGUCGUCUGACCUGUUGGCCUCUGUUCCGGGACUGUCUAGCUUACGCCAUCUCUAUCUCUGCUGUUAUAGCCAUCAUUUCAGACAACAAAGUCUACUGGUAUGAUGCAGCCUGUCUGUUGCUGGUCUAUGGGGUGUACAUCGUAGUGUUGUGUUUUGACCUGAGGAUCAGUGAGUGUGUUCUGAGGAGGUUCAGCCCCUGCUGUACUUGCCUGGGGAAAGGUUCCGGGGAUCACAGCGAGACACAGCCAUUGGUCGACACCACUCUGAGGGUCCACAGACGUUCUAGAAGCGACAGCGGAAUCUUCCAGGAUGAUUCAGGAUACUCACACAUUUCCCUCAGUCUGCACGGCCUGAAUGAGAUACCAGAGGACCACAAGAGUGUGUUCUCAAUGCCAGAGAAUGACCUGAAGCGAAUCCUGUGGGUGCUGUCCCUCCCGGCCAUCGUGAUUCUCUACCUGACGAUUCCAGACUGCAGGAGACGGUUCUGGAAAAAAUGGUUCAUGUUCACCUUCUUUAUGUCCGCUGUCUGGAUCUCAGCCUUCACAUAUGUACUGGUCUGGAUGGUCACUAUCGUAG